UCGAGCGCGCGUAUCCCGGGAGCGGGUUCGAGGUGGGCGAGGAGGUCUUCGGCGCGGUGCCCCCGAUGCGCGGUUCCUUCGCCGAUCUCGUCGCCGUCCCGUCGUCGCAGCUCGCCACGAAACCCCCGUCGCUGACGCACGCGGAAGCCGCCGCGCUCGUGCUCCCCGGCCUCACCGUCGUGCAGGCGCUGCGUCAGCACGGGUUCGGGCCGGGCACGAGGGUGUUGGUGCUCGGCGCCUCGGGCGGGGUCGGUCACCUCGCCGUGCAGGUCGCGUCGGCGAGGGGCGCACAGCUGGUCGUCGGCGUGUGCAGCGGCCGAAACGUCGAAUUCGUCAAAUCCAUGGGCGCCGACGACGUCCUCGACUACGAGGCGCUCGAACCCCCGGACGACGACGAGGCGGGGGUAGCGCCGGAUCCGCUGGUGGAGGCACUGCGUGAGGUAUUGCGCAAACACGGCGGCCGCCCUUUCGACCUGGUGCUGGACACCGUCUCGAGCCACGACGCGAGGGAUCGGGCGCACGCGUACAAGUCGCGGAUCCGAUCGAACCCGGCGUUGCUCGACGAUUCGCCGAACGCCGCCGACAAGCACAACUACGUGACGAUCGGGGGUAGGACUGGCGGGUGGAUCACCGCGGGGGUGAAGCGGGUGACGGGUGUCAACUUGUUCAAGCGGGGCAAGGAGCUGUUCUGGAUCAACUUUAACCAGUGCGCGCCGGACCUGAGAACGCUCAGGGCGCUGGCGGAAGGGGAAGGUUCGAACGGAGGGGUUCGCGCGGUGAAGCCGGCGAUCGAGAGGACGGUUCCCCUGACGGACGAGGGAGUGCGCGAGGCGUUCAGGGCGCUGCACGGGAGGAGGGUCAGGGGGAAGCUCGCGAUCGAGCUUUAGUUGACCGGCGAUGUCCGCAUCCGUCACCAAUCUUGAAAACGACGUCCUGCAGGUUUGUUC